GUGGGGCUAGGGGACUCACAGGUACAUAUGUACAAGCCUAUGUACAGGGCAACCGCCAAUAAACAGGGGUUCAAAUUUCAGGUGGUAAGCGCGUCGCUAAGAAGAGCAGUCGCGAUUUCAAUUCUGUCAAUGAUCUCAUCGCAUAUGCGAGCCUCGACUUCUACGCCGACUUUCCUCAUCUCAACUCCUUAGUUCCCGUUUAAACACAUAAAUAACUGUCCGUAUACGUCUUCGCUUAUGAAUAUUCGAAUUUUGUAAAGAAUUGAGAUCGUCAACGAGCCACCAUAUCCUAUUAGCCCGGCCUAUCUAACUAACCGUUGGCGAUGAAUAACAAUGCCAUUCUCGAACCCUUUGAAGAUGUUUCAGACUCGACGGACUGGCUGUCAACACCCCUCUCUGGGCUCGCCGCUGUCGAGGCGGCACUACGCUGUCAGGUCUGUAAAGACUUUUACAAGACACCGAUGCUGACAUCCUGUAACCACACAUUUUGUUCGAUAUGUAUUCGCCGAGCGCUCUCUAACGACGGGAAAUGCCCUUUGUGUCGUACUUCCGAGCAAGAGAUGAAACUACGAAGCAAUUGGUCCAUGGAGGAGGUUGUUUUGGCAUUUACGAAGACACGUGCUGAUGUCCUACUUUUCGCAAAGAGGCCACAGGAUAAUACAGCUGAGCCGGGGAAGAGGAAGCUAGGAGAGAUAGAGGACUCGGAUUCUGCAGGACAAAUAUCAGGAAAGAGACUGCGAUCUUCAACGAGGUUAAGCAAGUCGAGAAGUAUGGAAAUGACAUCCGAGAUGGCACGUCUAGAAGCCGACGUGCCCUACCAAGACCCCACAGACUUCGAGCCAGACGACGGCCUAGUCGCAUGUCCCAUCUGCUUGCUGCGCAUGAAACCGCUCCAAGUCGACAGACACCUCGAUACGUCAUGUCCAGGCGAGCCACAACCACAAAGAACACCCUCGAAGCCUCUAUCACGAUCUACAAACAUACCAAACGCCUUCUCCUCCUCCUCCUCCUCCUCGCCUAAAAAGGCACCAACCAGAAAUUUCGAGCGCUUGCCCGCAGUAAACUAUUCCAUGCUUAAAGAACCCCAACUACGGAAAAAACUACAAGAACAAGGACUAUCGGCAGCCGGGGGUCGGCAGAUGCUAGAGAAAAGACAUAAAGAGUGGACGACAAUAUGGAACGCAAACUGCGACUCGCAAUACCCGCGGCGGAAAGGGGAUUUACUACACGAUCUCGACGUAUGGGAGCGCACGGUAGGCAGCCGUGCGCCGACAAAUUCGAGAACACUCAGCUUAGGCGCGCAGAUCAAGGACAAGGAUUUCGACGGCGCGGCGUGGGCUUCUAAGCACGAUAGCUCGUUCAAGGAUCUGAUAGCCAACGCUAGGCGGAACAAGGUAUUGAUGGGGCGAAAGAGCAGUGAAGACGAGAAGGUGAGAGGCGGAAUGCAGAGCAAAGAUGGAAAUAAGGGGGGUGAGCCAACUCCAAAGCCGGAUUCGGAGAUGAUAGCAUCGUUAGAACACUCAGAGCCACAAGAACAAGUCGAUUCUGUCACACAAGCGACCGGGAUAAUCGAUUUAACAGGCGAAAUCGCAUCUUCAAAUGCCUCAGUUGCAGCGCUUUCAGACGGGGGAGAAGGAGGGGUUAAUCUAGACGCGUCGCCUAGAACGACGGCGAUAUCAUGAUAUAAUUGCUAAUAUUAUAUUACCUCGAACGUUCAAGGGAAAGAUCUAUCAUAUCAGG